AUGAAUAAAAACUCAAUUAUAUCAGGUUCUCAAAUGCACGAAGAGAGCACGUUGCUCGAUGAUGAUAAUUGCAUUGAAACCGACACACUUUCAUUUAUAAGUCUGGACUACGAAAAUAAUCAUUCAUCACCCUCAUCUUUAUUCGAGCGGGAAUUCUUGGAUGACGAUGAUAUUUACAGUUUUCUACGAGUCGAAUACUACGGUACAUGCUCAACGUGUAAUCGAUUCAAUACCAGCAUCGCAUGGUGUCAAACCUGCGACCCUGAAAUUCUUGAUACCAAUAAAAAUUCGAAAAGAAUCUCAACCGACAACCAACUAAUUGAACACUUUGUAAAGGAGGCACUGCGGAAAAGUGAAUCGUAUGACGAGUAUUUGGAAUAUAUCCCGUUUCACGAAUUUGCCGAUGUAAAGUAUGUGGGGAGUGGAAGAUUUAGUAGUGUAUUUUCGGCUGUGUAUUCGAAUGGUGCAAGGGUGACGAUGAAUGAGAAUGGUGUUUGGAAGAGACGGAGAAGUGGACCUGUUGAUGUGGCGCUUAAAGUAUUUGAUCAAGGUUCAGUGGAGAUUAAUCGAGAGUUAUUGAGAAAGCUGGAAAUUUAUUAUAAACAUUGGAAAUCUGGUGGAUUAUUACGUUGUUUUGGCAUUUCAGAGAGUCCUGGAAAAAGUUAUAUAAUUCUGGUAAGCCAACUCGCAAGUGGCGGUAACUUACGGGAUUUUCUCAGACAACCGCCAAAAGAAUACGAAAAAAUGAACUGGCUAAACAGAUUGAAGAUAUGCAAACAAAUAAGCUGGGAGUUAAACUUUCUACAUAAUAAUUCAUAUGUACACGGAAAUCUCCAUUGUGGAAAUAUUUUAUGGGAUAAGAAAAAUAAUAAAUUUCACAUCUCUGAUUUCGCAAUCAGUCCACAAAAAUCAUUGUACACUAAAGAAUCGGAUGUAUACGAUUUAGGACUAUUAAUGUGGGAUAUCAUAUAUUUAAGCUCGCUUUUCGGCAGUAGUAGCGGUAACGGUUCAUUAACGCCUCUCGUUCCAAAAUGUAUCAAUGAUUUGUUAGAAAGAUGUUGGGACGCAAAACCACAAUUGCGUCUGACCGCUAGAGGAAUACAUGAGGUGUUGAAAAAGUGGGUUAAUGACUUGGAAGAAAAUCGAGAGACGCUUGAGACAGUGGCCGACAACAAAUGCGAAAAUUGCAAUAUAAAUGAAAGUUUGUUGCUAUUAAGCGAAAAUUCUGGAAAUGGUUCAAACUUGAGUGACGAUGGAAGUAAUAGUGCAUUAUUUGUAUCUGAUGAUGAUGACACAAAUUCUGCAUCAUCAGCAAAUGAUGAGACUUCGGAACUUCCACAAAAAACAAUCAAACUUUACGAAUUAAACCCGAACAACGAUUCAGACGACAUCGCAGAGUUUUCAAGGAACACUAAUAAGACCUCGUCUUUUGACGGAAAUAUCGACACAAGAUUCGCUGGCGAUUCUGAUACUUUGGUCGGUGGGGGUGUUGUUGAUGAUGCUUCUACCCAAGAAGAAAUCGACGACUAUGGUAAUGGUAUAGUCGUCUUCUAG